UGCUAGGCAGACGACACUGUUAUCAUUGCCUAAUGUUGUGAAAUAGCUCUUUACUGCGUGUACCGUUUCUGCUUCAAAACUGCUCCAUCAUGGAAGUGAUUUUCUCCAUCAACGGCAAGCCUUAUCAAAUUACCGGCAAGAAUGUCCCCGUGGAAACCUCUCUGAACUCCUUCAUCCGGAACCAUGCCCAUCUGACUGGCACCAAGUUCAUGUGCCUCGAGGGAGGCUGCGGGGCGUGCGUCGUCAAUCUAAGCGGUGUCCACCCGGCUACUAGCGAUGCUUUCUCCUAUGCUGUCAACUCCUGUCUUUUCCCGGUACUUGCUUGUCAUGGGAUGGAGGUCACGACGGUGGAGGGUAUCGGGAGCAAGCAAAGUGGGUACCAUGCAACGCAAAAACUGUUGGCCCAUUUCAAUGGAACCCAGUGUGGGUACUGUUCUCCCGGUAUGGUCAUGAAUAUGUACAGUCUGCUGGAGGCUAAACAGGGAAAGAUCACCAUGGAGGAGAUCGAGAAUUCGUUUGGCGGUAACAUCUGUCGCUGCACUGGUUAUCGGCCGAUCCUGGAUGCGUUCAAGUCCUUGGCUGUGGAUGCCGAUCCCAAGCUGAAAGCCAAGUGUCCAGAUAUUGAGGACCUGACGAAGAUUUGCCCCAAAACGGGAUCCGCUUGUGCUGGCAAGUGUUCCGUUGCGGGCAAAGCUGAUCCUCGCAAAGGGCUUCAUCUGAGCUUCGAGGAUAACAGAGAAUGGCACAAGGUGUACAGCGUGAGCGAGAUCUUUGCUAUCUUCAAGACCAUAGGCGAUCGGCCGUAUACACUCGUCGGUGGUAACACCGCCCAUGGAGUGUACCGGCGAAGUGAAGCUCUGGAAGUGUUUAUCGACGUUAAUGCUGUUAAAGAGCUUAGGGUUCAUUUGGUGGGUCCGUCACUUACCAUCGGAGCGGGAACUUCUCUAACGGACCUUAUGGAACUGAUGAGCUCAUCCGCAAAGAAUAACCCUCACUUUUCGUACCUGGAGCACCUGGUUAAUCACAUCGAUUUGAUUGCAAACGUUCCUGUUAGAAAUACCGGAACCGUCGCAGGAAACCUGAGUAUCAAAAACCAACAUAAUGAGUUCCCGUCGGAUUUGUACUUGAUUCUGGAAGCGGCCGAUGCCAAGCUGACUAUCUUGGAGUCUGAAGGAAAAACCAUAACCGUCAAGCCGUCGGAAUAUGCCACCAUGAACAUGGCAAAGAAAGUGUUACUCAACAUAGUGCUUCCUCCACUCGACCCGAAGGUUUACGUGUAUCGGUCGUUCAAAAUUAUGCCCCGCGCACAGAAUGCGCAUGCAUACGUUAACGGUGCAUUCUUGAUCAAAACGGAGGGUUCACGGAUUGUGGCCAGCAACGUUUGCUUUGGAGGAAUCACUCCCGAGUUUACGCACGCCACAAAGACCGAAAGUUUCCUGAUGGGCAAAAACCUUCUUAGCAACGUUAACGUACAGGGCGCGCUGAAGAUCCUGUCGGACGAGCUGAGUCCCGACUGGGUACUGCCGGAUGCGGCUCCUGAGUACAGAAAGAACUUGGCCCUAUCCUUGUUCUACAAGUUCGUGCUGAGUAUCGCCCCGGCUUCAAUCAAGCGGGAAUUCAAAUCGGGGGCAUCAGUUCUCGAACGGCCACUGUCUUCUGGAACUCAAAAGUUCGACACCAUCAAGGAAAACUGGCCCCUGAAUCAAGACAUUCCGAAAAUUGAGGGACUACUGCAGACUUCCGGGGAGGCAAAGUACGCCAACGAUUUGCCGGCAUUCCCGAACGAGCUGUACGCGGCGUUUGUACAAGGACGAGAGCCGCAUGCCAAGAUACUAAACAUUGACCCAUCGGAAGCGUUGGCCAUGCCCGGAGUCCAUGCUUUCUACUCGGCCAAGGAUAUCCCCGGCGAAAACAACUUCAUGCACUUCAAAGGGUUCAUGGGCACUCACGACGAAGAAAUUUUCGCCAACGAGAAAGCCCUCUACCAUGGACAACCGAUCGGUCUGGUAGUCGCAGAUACUUUUGCGUUGGCGAAUCGAGCCGCCCAGCUGGUAAAGGUCCAGUACGAGAAGACAACGGCCAAGCGCUAUCCAACCGUGAAGGAUGUUCUGCAAGCCAAGGCAACGGAACGCCUGCACGAGAUGCCCUACAGCACGCUCGGUGCGGAGCACGACGGUGCUCCCGAGGGUGCCGUCAAGGUGAAGGGACGCUUCGAGAUCGGUGGCCAGUAUCACUACACGAUGGAGACGCAAACCUGCGUAUGUAUCCCGAUAGAGGACGGCAUGGACGUGUUCUCGGCUACGCAGUGGAUCGACUUCACCCAGAUCGCCAUUUCGAAGAUGCUAAACGUUCCGGAAAACAGUCUCAAUCUGUACGUCCGUCGUCUGGGAGGUGGUUAUGGUAGCAAGGGAACAAGGGCCACGCUGAUUGCUUGCGCGGCGGCUCUCGCAGCACACAAGACCCAGCGCCCCGUACGCUUGGUUCUGACACUUGAAGCCAACAUGGAAGCCAUCGGAAAGCGCUACGGAGUCGUUUGUGACUAUCAAGUAGACGUCGAGAAGGAUGGCAAAAUUACGAAGUUGCACAACGAGUACGUGCACGACUCGGGCUCCUGUUUGAACGAAUCGAUGGGUCACUGUGCCCAGUUCUUCCAGAAUUGCUACGACAAUAAGGCAUGGAAAACGGUGGCCAAGGCAGCCGUUACGGAUUCGGCCAGUAACACGUGGUGUCGGGCACCGGGCACGACGGAAGGUAUUGCGAUGAUCGAAACCAUCAUGGAGCAUGUGGCUCACGCCACCGGACAAGACCCACUCGAUGUGCGGAUGGUGAAUAUGCCGAAGGAACUGAAAAUGUAUGAACUGAUGCCUCAGUUCCGCGCCGACGUUGAGUACGACGCCAGACGGCUGACGAUCGAGCAGUUCAACCGGGAGAACCGCUGGCGGAAGCGAGGCUUGGCCGUAACGCCGAUGCGUUAUCCGUUGGGAUACUUUGGUUCGAUUCACGCCCUCGUCUCGAUCUACCAUACCGAUGGGUCCGUCGUUAUCACGCACGGUGGCAUCGAAAUGGGUCAAGGCAUGAACACUAAGGUCGCCCAGGUCGCCGCCUAUGUGCUGGGGAUUCCGGUCGGAAAGAUUAGCAUCAAGCCGGCAGCAAAUAUGACGUCGCCGAACGCUAUCUGUACGGGUGGCAGCAUGACCAGUGAGACGGUCGCUUUCGCGGUGAAGAAGGCGUGCGAGAUCCUGGUCGAGCGGAUGAAACCGAUUCGCGACGAAUUGGAGGACGCGUCCUGGGAGAAGGUGGUCCAAAACAGUUACAACAAGAACGUUGACCUGUGCGCCACGUACAUGUACAAAGCGACGGACCUGCAACCGUACAUCAUCUGGGGGCUGACCUGCGUGGAGCUAGAGAUUGACGUGCUGACCGGAAACGUGCAGUUGCGCCGAGUCGACAUUCUCGAGGAUACGGGCGAAAGCUUGAGCCCCGGAAUUGACGUCGGUCAGGUGGAGGGCGCCUUCAUAAUGGGCGUUGGUUACUACCUGACCGAGGCGCUGGUUUACGAUCCGGAAAGUGGGGCCCUGCUGUCGAACCGUACCUGGACCUACAAGCCGCCGGGGGCGAAAGACAUUCCGGUCGACUUCCGGGUGCGCUUCCUGCAGAACAGCAGCAACCCAUCGGGAGUGCUCCGCUCGAAGGCUACCGGGGAACCGGCGAUGAACAUGACCAUCGCCGUUCUUUGUGCCCUACGCAAUGCUAUUUUGGCGGCCAGAAAGGAUGCCGGUUUGCCGAAUGAGUGGGUCCAGAUUGGGGCACCGUGCACGCCGGAUCAAGUGUAUCUGAUGUCCGGUAACUCCGUGGAGCAGUAUUUACUAAACUGAACAGACACGGAUGGGUUCAGUACUAGACACCUAGUGUUUCACAAAUAUUUUAUCCUUUACUUUUGCAUUCUUGCAUAACAAAACUCUAAGGUCAAUGAGCCUUUUUAUUUUUAAAGAACGGAA